AUGGUUAGUCCGGAAUUCAAACGCGUUGAGCGUUUCAUUUGGGGGUUGGCACCUCAGACUAUGAGUAUGAAAAAGAAGGAGACUCAUGUUGAGUCCUCGGGAGAGAACAAAAGGAAGUUCUCAAACUUUAAGAAGGGUACAAGUAGUGCCAACAAGAAGAAGGAUGCGAACCCAUCGGUCGAGGUCAAGACUGGUGCUGAAGUCAAAGGGAAAGGAUAUAUGGGCGCUCUGCCCAAAUGUGAUGUAUGCCAGUACCAUCAUUCCGGCCAGUGCAGGUUAAGGAAAUGUGAGUCUUAUGGGAAGACUGGCCAUUCGAAGGAAACAUGCUGGGCUGGUACUGGUGUUGGUCGUGGUAAUCAAAGAGGUUAUGGAAAUGGCAAUGGAAACCGCCCGCAAGGAGGAAAUGGCGGGAAUGGAAAUCGUGGAAAUGUUGGGAAUCAAGCUGGUAACCAGGGAGCAAACAACAAUCGAGGUGGUAAUGGGAACGGUAAUGGUCGAGGACCAGGUUGGAGACAUGGGGCACUUUAA